GCUCAAGCUUCUUCAAUAGCAAUCACACCAAAUCCCUCCAUUUCCUACUAGAGUUCAUUUCUCCUUGCUUCUUACAAACAUGGGUGUCGUCACUUACUCUCAAGAGUUCACAUCUGUCGUCGCUCCAUCGAGGAUGUUCAAGGCCUUGGUCCUUGACUCGCACAACAUCAUUCCCAAGAUUGUCCCCGGGGGCAUCAAGAGCGUCGAGUUCAUCGAGGGAGAUGGUGGAGUUGGCAGCAUUAAGCAAACCAACUUUGGCCAAAGCGCUCACAUCAAGUACACGAAGCACAAGAUCGACGCUCUUGAUGUUGAGAACUUUUAUUGCAAAUAUACUUUGAUUGAAAGUGAUGUCCAGUUCGACAAAAUCGACUUCAUUGUCUAUGAGGUGAAGUUCACAUCAGCUGAUGGUGGAUGUGUCUGCAAGAUGUCUAGCGACUAUCAUGUUAAGGAAGGUGCAGAGCUCAAGGAAGAUGACAUCAAGCAGGGCAAAGACAGGGCAAUGGGAUUGUUCAAGAUAGUUGAAGAGUACCUCUUGGCAGACCCCACUGUUUGUGCUUGAAUCAUCUUUUCAAAAUCCUUUGGAGUGAUUAUUAUUGGAAGUUGAGUGAUUUUUUUUUUUGAUUUUUGGUUGUAUGUUUCCUUUGGGCUCUAGCUUGGAGCUUUUGCAUGAGUAAUAGUUUUCUCUAGUGUCCUUCUAUGUUCUAAAGGAUUUGUCGGUUGUGUGUAAGGUCACAUCAAAAUAAAACUUGAAAGAGCGAUGAGCAAUU